CACACGCACCAGCGUUGAAAAAGAGGAGGAGCUCCUGCACGUAAUCUGGAAGUGGCGGUUGUUUCAGUAUGGCGUCUGUUGCUGAGGGAGCAAAUGGCAGUGGAUUCUACUGGAUUCAUGACAAAUCAGAUGAAGAACAGCCUAUGGCUUUUGUUACAGGGAUGAGCAGGAACAUCGGUCUGAAGUUUGGUUCAACAAAUAAUAAAGAGGGAAAGAUAAAAAGGAGAGCUGGCAGCAUGGAAAAAAGUGGCAAGAAACCAGGAUUGCAUCUGGCAAUGCAAAGUGCUGAGAUGGCGGCGGGAAUAGCUUCCAAUCAGAAGCUGCCUUCUGCUGUAGCCAAAUCCAAAAUAAUUACACCUGCACCGGAAUCAGACCUGCUUCCUCUCACUUCAGCCCAGACUCUCUUCAGCGAUGCCCAAGCCAAAAGUAAGCCAUCGCUGAAGGAUCUCUGCCCAGAGGACAAGCGUCGGAUUGCCAAUCUCAUCCAGGAGCUGGCCAGAGUGAGUGAAGAAAAAGAGGAAUCUGUACAGAAACUCAGGGAUGAACAGGAAACCUUUGAGAGAAAAAUCCAACAGUUAGAGCAACAAAACCAACUCAUCGUGCAAGAGAGAGAAAGCCUGCAGCAGCAGUACAGAGAGUGUCAGGAGCUGCUGGGACUCUAUCAGCAGUACCUCUCCCAACAGCAAGAGAAACUCAACAAGUCUAUCACACUGCUCAAUCAGUCCUGCUCCCACAGCAAGAUUCCCAGUAGCGAGGGGGUGCUCAGGAGGACUUUGGGUGGGAGAGGAACUGCUUUGGAUGGAUCUUACUUGGACCUUCCUUCAUCAGGAAGUAAAACCGAGAGAGGUGGGUCUGUGGAGUGCGCUCAUUCUUUCUCAACAGGACCUUUCAGCGCACCCUCCAGCAGCGAGCAGAACUGCGAAGUCUAUGAAAGGCACACCAAUCGCAAUUCUGAAGGUGGACAUAGUGAUCCCAGGUUCUCCAACAGUGAGCCCUCAGCCUGUGAUGCCUUGAAGCUGCAUGUUGCCUCUGAACCCAAGUGCUCUCAUCAGUGCCACAGAAUGGAGAGUGACAACAUUCAUGGUGCUAAUCGAACUGGACUAGCGCUACCACCUGGUCGGGAGAACUGGGAGGAGAAACGACAGUGUCUUCUCCUGCACAAGAAACAGCUGGAAAUGGAGAGGGAGAGAAUUCAAGCUCGGUUGGCUCAACAGGAAGAGAAACUUCUGCUCCAGAACCAGCAACUCCGUCAGUCUUACCUUCAGUACAGCAAGCUUCAGCAAGCAACUACAACAAACUCUGAGAAACCCCUAAAUGGAGACAGCAGUUUUAAUGAAGGUCCACAGUCCUGUUUUGUAAUGGAUCAGGUAACACACAGCAGUGAAAUGAAAGAGGGAGAGUCACACAUUCUGCAGGGAAGUGUUCGACAACCAUUAAGUAACAUACAGUCACAGGAACACACUUCAAGUAUUCAGCAACCUACACCCAAGCUUUCACGAGAGAUCUCCAUUAUCAAGAAGGAUAUGGCCACUUCUCCUGUGAUUCCAGAAAGCUUCCAGACAUCUGCUCUUCCCAAAAUCCCCCCUCUUGGCCUUCCCAGCACUCCACAGGCCUCCAGAAGCCAGAGGUUGGAUGCUGCCAGGCUGUCUCCUGGACAACCUCAAGUCUGAUGGGUCUGAUGCCACAGGGACACACUUUAGAAGAACAACCAAAUGCCCCUGUCAGCCCACAAUGAAUCAAUAAACAAGCUCUGUAUUACUACAAGUUUGCCCUGGGGAAAAAAGUUUGGGUUAAUGAAAAUGAUUAUGGAUCUUGUGUUUGCUAGAGAUCAUAACAUUUCACUCCACCUGAAACAUGUUGUUUUGUGUUUUGGAAUUCAGGGAUUUUAAGUUUUUGCCAAGGCAAGUGUCACUAUUUCUAUUUUUCAUAGUAGGUAGGGAUGUUUGUCAUCCCUUUUGUGGAGAGUAAUGAUCGAAGAGAGGUAUGUGCUAUUACUUUUCUUAGCAACCAGAUUUACUAUUUUCACAUGGUGGUCUAUGAAACUGUCAUAAAAUUCCUCGCAUUGAUAAAGAGAUCACAGAGACUUUGUGUUUGGCUCCUUCGACUUAGUUAUUAUUUUUUUUAUUUUUUUACUAUUCAUGUUACUAUUUUGUAUUACUAUUUCUGUUAAAUAAAUUCAUACCACCAUGAUGGUGUAUUUUGCA